CCCUUCCCCCUCUUCUGUCUCCUGUUGCAUGCCGGGUAGUCCAACAUGGCGGCUGCAGGCUGUGUGGAGGAAUGAAGCAGCUGACCGCUGCCUGUUUCCCUGUGAACCCACACGGUGAAGGGCCACAGCAGUCUGAGCAGAGCGGAGCGGCCGGUGUUCCUGAACUAUGAGGUGUGCUGUGUUAACUCCUGGUGGUGUUGAUGUUGGACUAUGCUGUGUUUGUCCACUGGGUGGCGCCUCCUGAGCCACGCCCCCCGCCUCUCCGCUCUCACCAUGUAUGCCACCCGCCUCUACAGCACCACAGGGGGAGGGGGAGGAGUUAAAUCUGGGCGGAGGGCGGGGCUAACUGUGCUCGAGGCUCCUCACCCUCACCUUCCUCAACCCCCUCACUCAGCCCCGCCUCCCCCAGCCUUCCCGCUGUACCAGGGCCGGCCUGAUGCCCACAGGGGUGUACACUACCACCCCCACUACCACCCUCACCCCCAGCCAACACACAUGGCCCCACCCCCCAUGCCCCCCCAAUACCAGCACCACACCCACCCCCACACCUAUGGAGGCGGAACUUCAGGAGGAGGUGCCACAGGCACCAAAAAGAAGACGUGGAACUUCAUCCAUGAGAAAAUGAGUUAUGACACGUUCUUCACCAUGAAGCGUCUGAUCGAGCGGUCGCGGCGACCUGACGAGGUGCUGCGCUGGGUCACCCAGAACCCCGCAAAGAUCUCCCACAACCACUACCCAGUCGCCCUGCAGAAGAUCGGACAGCUGCUGCAGGCCACACCACCACCACGGCCUGGUGGGGAUGAUGACAGCACUACCGACGCCGCCUCAGCGGGAGGAGGGGAGGUCGGUGAGGGGCGGAGCAUCCUGGAGCAUCAGGACUUCCAGACACUCUGCAGUGCCAUUGUCAAUGACUGUACCAAGUUUGAUAAUUUCAGCAUCGUCAACUGUCUGUACGCCGUGGCAGCGCUUGGUCUUCCUAGUGACUCUCAGGUGGUCCAGGUGCUGGAGGCGGAGUCUCAGUCCAGACUGAAUCAGUUUAAUCAGAAGGACGUGUCGAUGGUCUUCAGCUCCAGCAUGAAGCUCCACCCGGGCAGCCAGCACCCCCUGACUGAGGCCUGCCUGGCGGGACUCGAGAAGAACCUGGAGCGAGAGCGCCACCCGCAGACACUCUUCCUGCUUCUGUCCUAUUACAGACUCAAGUGGAGGUCACUGCAGCCACCAGAAGCUGCCAGCGGGGGUGCCACCGCUAUUGCAAACACACCACCAAAUCCUGAACAACUGCUGGCCAACAGGAAAAUCCUGCGUCUUGUCAAACACACACUGUCCAGUGUCAGCGGCGUCCGGGACCAGGAGAUGGCGCUUCUGGAUGAGAUGUUGGCGGCGUGUGCUCGAGAGGCGAGCAACAAGAGUCUGGAGUUAAUCUUCAGCUCUCACCUGUUCUACCAGAACCGCCAGGAGAGGUUCAUCAGCAGCCUGGCAGAGGAGCUGCCAAAGAAGGUGGACAGCAUCACACCGUACACCAUGGCUCUGAUCGCCAAGUACAUUGCUCGCCACCGCCUGAGGGAGACUCGGCUGCUGGACACCAUCGCAGACUUCCUAGUGAAGAAAGCCGAGUACCUGGACAGUAAGGUGAUCCAGAAGCUGGUGUUCCCAUUCAGCAGGAUGAGUUACCGUCCGUCCAAUGAGCAGCAGUUCUUCUCUCGGUUGGAGGAGGUGGUGGAGCUGAAGGCACUCAGCUCGCCGCUUGCCACCGUCAACAUCUUGAUGUCUCUAUUCCAGCUGGGACAUUUCCCCGGCCUGGUGCUGCAUCGUGUCUUCUCUUCUGCCUUCAUUAGCAACGUCACUAACAGCCCUUACGCUCUGAUCGUCAGGCGCUACCUGUCUCUGCUGGACGCUGCAGUGGAGCUAGAGUACCGCGACUACACUGGGCCGAGGCUGCAGGAUGUACACAAGGUCCUGAUGUUUGACCACGCGCUGACUGCCGACGAGGUCAACCGCAAGUACAGUUAUAAAGGUCUGGUGGCCGAGGCACUGCGUCAGCUGGUCGGAGAACAGAACUACAAACAGGAUGAGGUCCUGGCCCCAGGAUAUUACACAGACUUCCUUUUGUGGAUGGACUCUUCUGGUCGAGUUCUACCGAUCCGGAACGGUCCUGGUCUCAACAUCGUUCCUCCAUCCUGUGGCACUGUGGCGUCCAAACCUGUCGAUGGUGCAGUUACUGUGGUGACCUCAGAGUUCCAGAAGUUCUCUCCGUUUGCGCCGCUGGAGGAUGGCGCCGAGCAGACAUGUCAAGGCGAGGCAGUAGGAGGGGCAGCGGAGCCCCGGACCUUCCUACCUCACCACGUCCGCGGCACUCCAGGACCAGCGGUGGCCGCUGCGCUCCCCCGGCCCGGCGCUAACGGUGGCCCCCUGGACUAUGGGCCCUACUUUGGCCCGGCGGCGGCAGCGGCAGAGUACUACUCGGGUUUGGCCAAGGAGCACUCUCUGGAGAGCCAGGAUAGUUCCACGCUCAGCAGCCCGCCGUCCGAUGGCCUGGCCCCGCCCAGUGCCCCGGGCCCUGCAGGCCCCGCCCCCCCGGACUCCCUGUUCCAGUUCUCUAUCGGGAAGAUUCUGGAGGAUGAGGGGGCAGGACCAGCAGGGGGACAGGGGGCGGACUGUGAGCUACCAGGGUUCUAUGAGGGCGUGACAUAUGGCGAGGGGUCCGACCGAGGACGGGUGUCACCGCAACACGACCAGACCAACACCGACACCGCCCCGGCGGAGCAGCGGCCAAUCAGGAGGGUCAUCAUGUCGGUCAACGAUAAGUGGCAUUACUGUCACAACUCUGAGGUUCUGGUCGGAUCCAGAGCCAUGAGGGACCGGCACCUGAGGCUGCUGGGAUAUGUCAUCCUGCAGUUGCCCUACCAUGAGCUGGAGAAACUGAACGGCAUUGACGAGGUCAAACAAUAUCUGCACCAGAAGCUGCUGGACGUGGCGCUAUGACAGAGACCCACCCACAUGGCCACACCCACACCGGGGACCACACCCACAGACGUGUGUGUAUGAGGAACAUCCCGGUUGGUAGUUUGAAUCCUGGGGUCAGAGGUCACUGUCCGUCAUCCUGUAUGUGUUGGUGUUGCUAAAGGAGUGUUCCGCUGUUCUGACCGGUUCUCCCAAAUACUACAAAACCCAUGAGCUUCAGCGCCUGUUGCCAUGGUGUUGAGGCCUGCUUAGACUUGUGGAAACAGGAGAGGCUAAAGCUCAGACAAAUUUCUCAAACAUCACUUUUUACUGUGUCAGGUUUGUGUUCCAAAAAUGUACAAUUGGAAGAAACAGACUUCUCAAAUAUUCAAAUUGGUUCUUGAAAAUGCCCGAAUAGAACAAAGCCUUAAAUAGUGAAGAAAUAUGGAAUUUUUAUGUCAAAUACAACUUUGUCCCUAAAUGCACCCUGGGAAGAGUUGUCUCCGUGGUCUUCUGAUGAGUGUUGGUGUUUUGUGUUGAGGCCGUGCUGCGUUCACUGACCCUCUGAGAUGGGAAACAGCAGACUGCUCCUUAAACCAGUGCAGGCGGUGUUGUGCUCUGGCCUGGAGGGGGCGGGGCGGGGGGUGGGGCUUUUUUUUUUAAUAACAUUUAGUAACCGUGGUGUUGACCAUGCAUGUGUGGACUGUUUUAUAAAACCACAGGAUGAUGAUGAUGAUGAUGAUGAUGAUGACGACAACGACAGCAGGGGCUGAUGGGUACUGUAGUUCUCUGGCUGUCUGGUGUGUGGGGGGUGUUUGUUACUAUGGUAACUGUGUGCGUGUGUGUGUGUAUGUGUUGGCCACAGGAGGCGGGCUGUGGGGUCAGAGGUCAGAUUAUUUAUUGCAGUGUCAGGUGACGGACUGACAGUUGGAACAGAGUUUGUUUAUAUUGGAUAAUUCUAUCAAAUCAAACAUCUAUAAAACAUGUCUGAAACUGAA